CAAGAACAGACAACUUGGAAAAAUCAGUGUUCAUUGUAUUUUUCAUUUUUUUCUUCAAUGUUUUUCCCCUUUUACAUUUUUACUGAUAGAUGCAGCUAAAUUAGAAACAUGAGUUUACCAGAGAAUCUAGAACCUGAGAUGAAAAAUAUAAUUGAUAAGCUGGCCAACUUUGUGGCCAGGAAUGGCCCACAGUUUGAGGAAAUGACCAAGCAGAAGCAAAAAGACAACCCAAAAUUUUCCUUCCUAUUUGGUGGAGAGUUCUACACGUAUUAUAAGUUUAAAGUAGCAUCCGAAAUAGCACAGAUGAACCAGAGACAGCAUUUAGAACAACAACAGCAACAACAACAGCAGCAGCAGCAACAGCAACUUCCUCCACAGCAACAAAUGUUAAAUCCUCCAUUAGUACAGCCACAGUUACCAGGCAGGCAAUGGCCACCUAAUAACCAGGAGCAAAUUGCACAGGUGCAGGUCCAGAUCUCCCAGCUCCAGGCCCACAUCCAGGACCAGGUGACACAGAGUGAGAACAACCUGGCCGCCCAGUACCAGGUGCUCAUGCAGCAGCAGCAGAAUCAAAUUCAAGAGACUAUAGUGAAGAACCUGGAGGAUAAGCUGAGCAGCCUGAUGACAGAGUGUGAGAUCACCAUGCUGGAGUGCAACGAAGUCGUCCAGCCAAUCAUUGAGUCAUGCACCAAGGACGCUAUUCUGGCGGGUAAAAACUGGAUCAUGCAGAGAACAAACUCUGAGAGAUUCUGUGAUGCCAUUGCUCAGUAUUUUUUGAAAAGAAUAACAGCCAAAGAAGCUCCAUUCCAACUACGUCUACACCUCAUUUACCUGAUCAACGAUGUCAUGCACCACUGUGUAAGGAGAAAUGUUGAGAAUCUCCGCAAGGCUCUAGAAACCGUUGUGGUUCCUGUGUUUUGUACAUCAUGUCUCAGCGCAGAUGAAGAUAAGAUACAGAAAUUAAAUAAACUGUUAGAUUUGUGGGAAAAGAACAAAUACUUUGGCCCUGAAACACUUGAGAAAAUGAAGGACCCGAGCCAAGCAUUGUCAGGUUAUCAGGCCAACCUGAUCACAGAGAACGCCCAGGCAGUGACGGCCAUCACCCAGGCCAUACAGCAGCAGUACAACUCCCUAGAGAAGCAGCACCAGGAUUUUGUCUCCCACCUCAACAUCCAGCUGGCUACAGCCCAGCAGCAGCUGCAGGUGCUCCUGGCACAGGCCAACAGUGGGCCACCUCCCACUGAGGCACCUCUGCCCACACUGCCAGGACCUCCCAUACCAGGCCAGAUCCCAGGUCUCCUCAGCUUCCCUCCCCCCAACAACCUGCCAGUCACAAGUGUUGAUCCAAUGCAAGGGUACAAUCAAAAUGGAGGCUCAUCAAAUCUUGGUGGAGGGAUGUACAACAGUUUACAUCACCAACAGCCACAGCAGUUUGAGUACAACCAUGGCUCCAACAUGGCACUUCUACCACCAGAUCUACAGGGUCCACCUGGUGGGGGCCUCAUGCCAUUGCCUGAUUUCAGCAAACCUCCGCCUGGCUUCCCACCACUUGGCCCUCCCCACCCAGGAAUAGCACCACUGAUUCCACCCUCAGACCUAGACCUGACCCCGUCAGUGCCGUACUACGAGUUACCUGCUGGUUUGAUUGCACCUCUAGUGAGGCUUGAAGAGUUUGAGUACAAGCCACUGGACCCUGAACAUAUACGCUUACCUCCCCCUAUGCCACCUAGUGAGAGAUUGUUAGCAGCUGUUGAAGCUUUCUAUCAGCUUCCUUCUAGAGAGAGACCAAGGGAUGGGGACGGAUGGGAAAAGCUGGGACUCUAUGAGUUCUUUAGAGCCAAACAGCGAGCCCGGAGGAUGAAAGAGGAAGGCAGAGAUUCAAGGUCUCGCUCCAUUUCACCAAAUGACCCCAACUUCAGUCCACCUAGACGUAGGUUUAACAGUGAAGAGAAAAGAUCUCUUUCAAGAUCCCCAUCUCGAUCACGCUCAAGUUCCAGGUCAAGAUCCCCCAGUCCAAGAAGGCGCCAGCAAAGGUCGAGGUCCAGGUCUCCAGUGCCGUACAUGCGUUCCAACAACUCACACUCUCCCUCUCCAUUAAUUCAGCCACGCAGACGAUCCCUGUCACAUGGUAGAAGCCCCACCCCUCCAGGAUUUAUGCCAAAUUUUUCCCAGCCUCCUCUACUAGAGUCAAGAAUUGGAGAAGAAAAUAAAGGCCAUCAGCUAUUGAGGAAAAUGGGUUGGGGUGGUCGAGGACUAGGUGCAGGAGAACAGGGAAUAGUGGACCCAGUGGAGGCCGCGGAGGUGAGGGACAGAACUGACAUGCAUAAAGGGAUCGGCAUUGACCUGAGAGACCCUUUUGAGCAGUUCAGGAAAAACAAGAGCCAAGGUUUUAUACAGAGGAUGAAGACGAGAGAUGAGGAGAAACCCAAAAAGAGAUCAAGAUUCAAUGAUUAGUGACUACAUACAGACAGUUGGGGGUGGCUGUUUGUAGUGGAUAAUGAAACUGAAGCUUCAUUUUCAUUCUUGACGUAUUAUUUUAACAUGUUUUAUUCACAUGGCCAUUUAUAGUUUCUGAUUAAAUGAAUGUCUUAUACCAGA